AUGGCUGCUGGCAUGCGCCGUCGCUGCCACAAUCUACUGCAGGAUUAUGGCCGGAAGAAACAAUGGCAGGAAGCCGUGGCCCUGCUUACCGAAUCGUGGCACGUGGAUGCAGAUUCCGUGACAGUCAACUGCACCAUCAGUGCUUGUGCCGCUGCAUACCGCUGGAAGGAGGCAACUGUGCUGUUGUCGGAGAUGGCGCAACACGCAGCCACGCCGGAUGUGAUCAGCUACACGGCAGUGAUAAAUGCAUGUGAGAGGGCGAGACUCUGGCAACAAGCGCUUGUUGCGCUGUCUUCGGCGACGGCUCAGCUGGAUCCAGAUGCAUGCCUCCACAAUGCCACCAUUGCAGCAAUGCAGAGAUCGGCUCAGUGGCAAAGAGCUUUGCGGCUGCUUGAGGAGCUCUGUAAUGGCGAAGCCGGCGUGCAACCGGAUGCGAUCUCGUUCAACAGUGCCAUCAGCGCAUGCUCGAGCGCUGCUCGCUGGGAACGCAGCUUGGCCUUGCUGAUGUCCAUGCAGCGGUGGUCCUUGCGCCCGGACGCCGUGGGCACCAGCGCAGCUCUCCGAGGCAUUGGACAAGCGCGCCGCUGGCCCGACGCGCUGGCGCUUCUCGAGAGCAUGCUGCCGGUUCUGCGUGCCGACACAGUCCUCUUCAGCAGCGCAAUGAAUGCAAUGUCGGGAAGCCUGCAGUGGCAGCGUGCGCUGCUACUUUUCGAGGAUAUGAAAGAGGUGCAAGUUCCCCCCAACGCGAUCACCUGCUCGACUGCUCUGAGAGCCUGCGACCGUGGCAGUCUCUGGUGCCAGGCUUUGCAACUCUUUGAUCAGAUUUUACAACGAGGAGCCAGGCAUGCGGACAGCAUCACCUACUGCAGCUCUGUCAGUGCUUGCGGCAAAGCUUCCCAGUGGUUCCAUGCACUGGCGCUCUUUGCGCAGAGUGUGGCACAAACGGUUACACCGAACAGCUUCACGUUCAAUGCGGCCAUCAGUGCCUGUGAUCGCGGAAGUUGCUGGCCAGCUGCCGUGCAGCUUCUGGAGGACAUGAAGGAGAGCGGCACGCAGCCGGACUUGAUCAGCUUCAAUGCGACACUGGCAGCUUGCCAGGCCGGUCAGCAGUGGCACAGGGCCAUGGCACUCUUCCGUGAACUUGACGGCCGCUCCCUUCAGCCAGAUGAAGCUACUUUCAAUGCUGUGCUGGAAGCUGCUGGCGAUGUGGAGGGCGAGGCACUCUUCUUGUCCGCAAUGCAAGUCGCCUAUCCCCGGCUUUUGGCCAAGGGCCGGGAAUACUUGGAUUUGCAUGACCUCUCAGCCGGUGCUGCGAAGUUUGCUGUGCGGUGGUGGCUCGACCAUGUGGGGUACAAUUCUGGCCGGCACCCUCCAGGUCUGGAGAUCAUCACCGGCCGAGGUUCCUCUCGAAAGCCAUGGUCCACCAGCGAGUUGAAAGGCCACACACGUUGCCUCGCCCUCGCCCAGACGGGAAGUGCCGGCCAGAUCCUGCCAGCGAAGAGCAUGGGUCAAAUGGCGCGUUUCAAGAGCGUCCCCGUCCACCUCCCCGACGAGAUGCACAGGGUCCGAAGACCUAAGACUUGGCAGUUUGAGCCUGGCCCUCGCGAGUCGGGAAGAAGGACGAUGACGAUGCCUCGCUCGGUUUGCAAGAAGCUGCGACUGCCAGCGUUGCUUUGGCCUCUGGACCUGUACUUUCCUGUUGGGGCCCCAAUGUGGUCCACAAGCGCGACAUCGCGGACGCUGCCCGGACCCCCGAUUAGCACCAGACAUACGAGAAGCUUCCAACGUGAAGGCCAUGGGUUCCGGAGAGGGAAGGCAAGCAGCCCGCCCUCCACAAGUCCCACUGCAGACAUGGGCCGCAGGAUUCACAACCACCGGCGCUGGUACAAGUCGUCAUCGCGGCACUUGGUCAAGGAGUUCAUCACUGCUCGUGACGUACUGUGUUGCGAGCCGCCGCCCACCGCGAAUGCCAAGACCGGGGUAGUUGUGCUCCUGUGGACCAAACGUGCCGAAGAAAGAUGCCAGCAAAAAGGGGUAUGCUCAACGCGAGACGUGCUGAAGGCCAUCCCGCUGGUCGGCACCUGGUUGUUCGCGGGACCGUUUGCGGACUUGACACGCGCCUGGUACGUCGUUGUGGGAGCGACCAUCAUGGUCAACAUGCUCCUGAACAUGGUAGUGCCACCCGCAGUUACCAUAGCGAACAUAUUCGUGACCUGGUUGAUGCGACGAUGUUGCGCAGGCAGAGUGAAGCACCAUUCGGAGCUCAUCGCGUAUUACACCAAUCCGGACUUCGACAUCAAGCUAAAGUACGCCCAGAUGCUCACGACCGUUUUUGUUGCACUGACAUACUCGGCCGGGAUGCCGCUUCUUUAUCUCUUCGCCUUUGGGUACAUGGUUCUCAUGUACUGGGCUGACAAAAUCGCACUUCUCUGGUGCUCCAAGCGGCCCCCCUCCUAUGAUGCCCUGCUGCCGAAGGAGUCUUCAGAAAAAUUGUUAUAUGCCAUCGCUUUACACUGUUUCUUCGCCAUCCUCAUGUAUGGGCAGCCCUGCGUCUUCCCAUCCAAUCCGGUUGGUGGUGACAUAGGAAAGCUCAUUGCGGAGGGCGAGUCAGCAGCCAGCGAGCACCUGGCGGGCUGGUGGCCGAGAUUGACCAAGGAAAGUACCUGGAUGUUCGUGGCAUGGCUUAGCUUCAUGCUGGCACUGUGGGUGAUGUGGUGGCUGGUAUGGGCCUUUCAGGGGACGUUCGGCACUUUCGGCACGCUUCUUUGGCAGCUUUGCUGCGCCUCUAAAAAAGUGGAGGACGCGGACACUAUCGCAGCAAUCCAGCGCGGUGAGUCUGUCGACAGCAUUCGUCAAAAGACGGGCAAGACGGUGGACAUAGCCGCGACGAUGACGUGGCCAGAAGCUGCAGAGAUCAUCGACCGCUGUUCUCCCCCAUCUACGUACCACAUGGAGGAUCAUCCGGACAUGCUGGAAAUCGCACACCUCAUGAAAGCCGAGUACACGCGAGGAAGUGAAGUAAAUCCGGAAGGUGGCGAGCUGCCCGUUCCGCAGCAUCCUGGCGACAGCUUCAGUGCGGCCAUGACGCAUUGA